AUGGCGGCAGCUGCCCUCGAGCAGGAGACAGAUGAGCGGCACAAAUCGUUGGAACAGCGACUGGAUGACUUGAUCCAGAGAUUCUGGCGCAAAAUCACACACAAAGCCGACCACCACAAACAGGUACAGCGGAGACACCCACCCACAGGGGGUAGCCAUCAACAAGGGGAGCCCCCCGGGUCAAAACGAAAGCCAAGCACUAAACACGUGGCAGGGCCCGCCAUUGCUACCAGGCGCGCCACACCAAAGACCCCACGAGGCCCCAGGAGGGCAGAUAAGCCAGGCCAGCCGCGGAGACCCUCCCCCCCCCAAGGGAGCAAACAACCUUCCACAGCCAAGCACAGCACAAAUGGCACAUACAUGCCCUGAGAAAGGAAAAACCGAGGCGCCCACUGGGUGUAAAACACCAAGACCACCCACGACUCCACCUAACCCAGCGACCAAACACUGGGACAGCAACACCGAUCAUCCUCACAAGCAAGCAAUCACCCACAACUGCUUCCCACAGGCCGCAGCCCCGGGACGCAUGGAAGCAACCCCCAGCGACACCACCGGCGGAAACGCUCAAACCGACCUCACGCAAGGGCAUUGGCUAAACGAACCUACCUGGACUAUUCAUACAGCCCCAGGCACACCAUACGUGGACAUAAGCACGCCUAAAUAA